AUGUUUAGCCAGAGUAGUGACAGUAAGAGUAGGUUAGCCUCACGUCCGGGGCCCAGCACCUGGCGUGAGUGCGCCUUCACUGACCACUACGAGUUCGUGAGGGCCAUUGGGCAUGGCUCCUAUGGCCAGGUGGCACUGGCCCGCCAUCGCCCCACGGGGGCAGAGGUGGCAGUGAAAGUCCUGGAACUGGUGCCGGAGAACAUCCCGGUCCUCUCUGAGCCCAGGGUGCUGAUGAACCUGGAGCACCCCAGUGUGGCCCAGCUCUUUGAGGUCAUUGUCACCGAGAAGCACAUCUACGUAGUGAUGGAGCACACAGGUGGGGGAGAGCUACUGAUGCGCAUCGCAUGUGGUAUGCAGGAGGAGGAGGUCCGCAGGGUCUUCAGGCAGAUAGUGUGUGCCGUGGGCUACUGCCACGACAGGGGCAUCUUGCACCGGGACCUGAAGCCAGAGAACAUCGUGCUGGACGCCAGAGACCACAUCAAGCUCAUCGACUUUGGCGCCGCCACCAGGUUCCAGGCCGGGCAGAAGUUGAGGAGGUUCUGGGGGACUGUACCAUACCUGGCCCCCGAAACCAGCGUGCAGGAAGAGUACGAGGGCCCCCCAGUGGACGUCUCGAGCCUGGGGGUCAUCCUGUACUUCAUGUUGACACACACCCUCCCGUUUAUGGCCCCCAGCUCCAGGAAGAUACUGGAGCGCAUCGUCCUGGCAAGGUACGACGUCCCUCUCUCUGUGCCGGUCAAAGCCCGAAGGCUCAUGCGCCGCAUGCUGACGGUGCAGCCCAAGAAGCGGCCCACGGCCAACCAAAUCUCCCAGCACCCGUGGCUGAAGCAGGGUGAGGAGCACUCACCCCCUCCGUGGAGGGAGAUAGUCCCCAAACACCCAGACCCGGAAAUCAUGACGCUCCUGCUGGACAUGGGUUUGGAUCCAUACCAGACCUGGUUAUCGCUGCUCCAGAGAAAGUUUGACGCGCCAAUGGCCACCUACUUGAUUGUCCAGCACCAGAAAAGGCAGGGGGUAGGGUGUGUGCUCCCGAGGAAGCCUGGGCCUCCCAGGUUUGUGCCUCACCCACGCGCCACCCAUCUUCCUGCUUUCCCUGGCCUCCCAAGGAGGAGCAAGAGUGAGCCUGCUCUUCACAAUGUCCCCUCGCCCUGUGAGCCUCAGAUGCCCGAGGAGGACAAACAGCCCGCACAGGAGGCCAGCAGAAGGGCCAGCCUGCCCGCUAUUCCUCUCCGCUUCCGGCUUGCAAAGGACCCCACUCCCAGCAGAGCCGCCCACUCUGACUCUGUGUCCUACUUGCCCAAACGCUGGAGGAUGCUACUUAGGCUGCUUGGAAGAGGUCACAGAAACUCCUCCAAGAUUCAUCCACAGACAACCGGAAGCGCUGGACUGGGAGGUUCGCCACCUGUGUCUGAAGACUCUGCUGCUGCCUGCCACGUGUCACCAAUGCGGUUGUUCCAAUGGCAGAGAGAAGAGACUCGCCGGACCCAUAGACAGUGUGACCACAAGCAAGUGGAGAGCUGA